AUGCAUCGUAUCCUACAAUCCUCUUCUAAAUUGCGUGAAUAUAAUAGUAUGUUGCGGGAUAAAUGUAUAAAACAAGAUGAGGAUUUUGAUCAAGAAAGAAAUGGAUGGGAUCGGGAUAGAAAAAAGUGGAAUGGGGGCAGUAAAGGAGUUGAAGAAGUGGGAGGAAGAGAAUGA